GUGUGCAUCUCCCGUGCAUCUCCAAGGCGAUGCUAUCCGAGGACCAGUGGAUUGGGAACUCGGUUCUUCUCGCAUGUGUGAUGUAAUCGGAACUCGAUGUGCGCUUCGGCACUAUCUGGAGGACCUGUGAUGAGGGUUUUGCCAUUUGAGAGGACACGUCUCUUUAGGCACUGUGUCUUUAGCGGGCUACACUCUAUUUGGGCUGAGCAGGAGCAUUACGCGUAUAUCUCCGUGCCUUAGUGGAAGGCAGCGCAGCGCACCCCGUCUUAGCUGUUUUGGAAGGGCAAAGGGUGCAAAACAAAAAAAAUGAUACGAAAGGACAAAGUGGAGCCAGCAUGGAUUUAACCCGGUUGAAUCUGUUUGUGGAAAACGUUUCCAACCAUGAGAACAACACGGACGCACCGCGCGCCUUGCCGCACACGGAGGCAGCCACUGCGCUCAUCAUCGUGGUGGUGACUGUGAUCAUUUCGGUGACCAUCGUGGGUAAUGUGUUGGUGAUUGUAGCGGUGCUGACCAGCCGGGCUCUCCGUGCGCCUCAGAACCUGUUCCUGGUCUCUCUGGCAUCAGCGGACAUCCUGGUGGCCACGCUGGUCAUCCCAUUCUCUCUCGCCAAUGAGGUUAUGGGCUACUGGUACUUUGGAAGUACUUGGUGCGCCUUCUAUUUGGCUCUGGACGUGUUGUUCUGCACCUCAUCCAUCGUGCACCUGUGCGCCAUCAGCCUGGACCGCUACUGGUCAGUCACAAAGGCGGUCAGCUACAACCUAAAGCGGACACCCAAGCGCAUCAAGUCCAUGAUUGCUGUAGUGUGGAUAAUAUCUGCUAUCAUCUCCUUCCCUCCUCUUCUCAUGACCAAACAUGACGAACGGGAGUGUCUGCUGAACGAUGAGACCUGGUACAUCCUCUCGUCUUGCCUGGUGUCCUUCUUCGCUCCGGGUCUCAUCAUGAUUCUGGUUUACUGUAAGAUCUAUAAAGUGGCCAAGCAGCGCUCGUCCACCGUGUUCGUGGCCAAGAACGGCCUGAAGAGGCAGCCCUCUCAGUCAGAGACCUGUUUCGUCAGGAAGGACAGGUUUGAGGUGGAGAGCCCCAGCAGCCAAAGCUCGGGCAGCCACCAGCAAAGGCAGGGGGAGCUCGAUGACAUCGACCUGGAGGAGAGCUGCUGUCCGUCGGAUACUAAACCCCGCAAUCACCGCUUCACCAAGCGGAGGAAGGUGGAGGGCUCGGAUUGCUGCCCGCCUCAGAACUGCCGCCUCUCGUGGGCUUCGGCCCGGGCGUUACAGCUCUACCCGGAGCAGAAGAACCCAGCUGGGCAACCACAGCUGGCCGCGGCCAACAAGACCAAAGUGGCCCAGAUGCGGGAGAAACGCUUCACCUUCGUGCUGGCGGUAGUGAUGGGGGUGUUUGUACUUUGCUGGUUCCCCUUCUUCUUUACUUACAGCCUGCGUGCUAUCUGCAGAGACAGCUGCUACAUCCCGGGCGCUCUUUUCAACCUUUUCUUUUGGAUUGGCUACUGCAACAGUUCCGUGAACCCUAUAAUAUACACUAUUUUCAACAGGGAUUUCAGAAAAGCCUUCAAGAAAAUCGUAUGCAGAACUCCUAAACGCACAUAAACACCGAAAGGGACACAUGUGUUUUGCCUCUCUGGCUCAACAGUGCUGGGAAAGAAUUAUAUUAUUAGAACUCAUUCUUCUUGGCUGAAUAUUUCCCUUCCCCAGAAUGGUUUAGAUGUAACUCUUAUCAUAUUGGAAAAAAAAAAAAACAUCCAGUCUUGUGUACACAUUUAAAUGUCUAUUAAUAAAAUCUAAGGUGGAGCAAAACAA